AUGGCUGCGCGAUUUUCUGUCAUUCUCGAGUCAAUGCUGACAGAUGCCUGCGCAGCCGUCAAACUUGCAAACUCUCCCAAACCGAUAGACUUUUCUGGAAACUCUACAGAAUUAUCUCCUCAGUCGGCAUCAACUCAAUUCGUGCUUUUAUUGCAAACGCGCAUCUUUGCUUCCUCCAGUCACGCCAGCUACCUGACUGCUUCCUAUCCGGUGGCCACGGCUGCUUCUGAUUUGACGCAAGCCACUAUCUCGACUGCCUGCACAGCCUGGCUUUCUGCGAUUGGCUCCGUUGUCGGCCUUCCUGUUUUUGGAUUCUCAAUAAGCCAGGUUUGA